AUGCCCUUCAAUUUGCGCUCUCGUGUCACCGAAGGACCUGCGCCAUCAUCGGCCUCUUACCUGGCACUACAUCCAAAGGUCGGUCGCCGAUCUCAAGCAACCGCAGAGUUCACAACGGCUGCAAAGUUCCUGAAUGACUUUGCCGCAUGA